AUGUCAGGCAUUUCAUACGGAGGCAACAAGCCGAUCGACGGAGAUUUCGGUCAAAGGACUGAAGAACACAGCGGACAGCAAGAUACAGGCUUAGGUUUUGACGAUCUACUCACUAUGAGAUUCUAUGAUGACGUUACCAACCAUGCAUCCUGGGAGACCUUCGCUACUGCUGCAGACCAGGACGCAUUCACACAUCCAGACGGCAGCCAGAUGGACCAGAGUCUGCGAGCGCACGUCAAUGCAGAGGUCGCAUAUCCAGAGAGUGUGAUGGGUGAAUCAUACCUAGAGCACUCCAGCCAAUCUAUAGAGGCCGACGGUUACAUCUCAGCACUCCAUACUCGGAGUGGCUCAGGUGCGAAUCCCUCAGAAAGAUCUCUAGGAAAUACUUUCAACUCCCUUGUGGCACCUAAAGGCGAAAUCUUAGCCUCGAGUGCACGUUGGGUACUGUCGAAGGAUAUCCCCCCGCCAGGAUCUGUGGCGCCCAUUGCCUAUUGCACAUUGGAACGUUUUUCGAGAUGGCUGAGCGAGCACGAGCCUUACUUGCCGCAGGCAACGGCGGAAAGACUAGCAGAUCCUGGGGUUAGAGAGCAAUACAACAAGAAUCGACAGCUGUACGCCUUCAUACGCUGGGCAGCCAAGGUCAGCAACAGCACAGACGACGUCCCCGACAGGUUUUGCUUUCUGUGCUUUGAGGCGGUUGGCAUAUUUUAUCCCCAAAGUCAGCGUACGAAAGGUGUUACUUGUGCCUGUGACUUCAUCAAGAUGGGGAGAAGAUCUGAAUUCGGUAUCGCCGAGUCAAGAAAAUAUACUCCCCAUGACGGUUGCGAUAGCCAACAGCAAUCUGGUCUUGCGCCUUCUCAGCGCGCUUCUUUGCAAAUGCCCUCAACCCAUGAGAUAUACGAAAACCCCUGGCCAUCAUACGGCGCUCUCAGUGAUACCUCAUCGAUCUUCACUGGGUCGGGCCCGUCUUUGUCGAGGAGGUCCUCUAGGGCUCCUUGCAGCCUCUUUGCGCCGACAGGAGUCACAAAAGCCGCGAAGUCGAAACCAAAUACACGGAGCAAAUCAAGAGAGCCAGGAUUCAGGAAAAGUGGCUCGCUAGUACAGGGUUACUCGAGAUACCUCGCCCUCAUCAAGCCGUUCGAAAUAGCGCCAACGCCUGAAGAGUUAAAGCAGCGUGCGAACAGGAAGGAACAUAAGGUGAAGGAUCCGAAAGGCUUCAUCGCCUGGGCUGCCACUGAAAGCGGGCACACAAACGAUUUCAAGGGGACCAUCUGCUGGGAGUGCUUCGAGUACACUGGCAAAUUUCACCCUAAGAGAACGCGCAAUGAUGAUGCUGCUUGCCGAUGCGAAAGUGUCACACAAGCGACAUUAUGGAAGUUCCAAGACAACGCCAAGGUCGGAACGCUUCGCUUCCCUAUUUACGCAUUCGAGGGGACUGCCGAAAAGCAUCAAGUCUUAGCGAACAGGACCAUAGUCACAGUCGCAACGUGUUUCAUCAAUCCUAGUUUACAGUUAGCGUCGCGCAUCGUCAUUGCCGUCCCCGUUAAUACGAACGCCGUGUCUUCCAGCGUGAUAGGAUGUAUUGAACGGUAUAACUACAAGCUGUUAUAUCGCCAAGAAUGGGAAAGUACGAGGGAUAAUCGAUCCGAGUCACUUCCGCCUCAGUGGUCUUUCCCCACGACCAUUAUAUCGCUAAAUCACGUGCUUCAGGCCAGUUUUGGCCGUCUUAUGGGCGUUACGCUCUGUGCGAUACGAUAG